AUGACUGCAGACACAAUGAGGAUGCUGGUGUCAUCUGUUCAGGUGCCUCAGUUGGAGAAGAUAGAAGUGCAGCUGCCAGCACACUCCAAACCCCUCACACUGUUAAAUGGAGAGAGCCAGUGCGAUGGCCAAGUCGAGAUUUUCCUCAGCAGCACGUGGGGCAGAGUCCAGGCUGAUCAGUGGAACAUGACUGAUGCCAGAGUCGUGUGCAGGCAGCUCCAGUGUGGAGAAGUGGAGAGAGCCUAUCACCCCCUGACAUCUGAGCAAGAGAUGGACUCUGUGGGGCUGAGAAGUGUCUGGUGUGCAGGACAAGAGCCUCAUCUGACACUUUGCAAUACCAGCCUAUCUUCAAAUGUGCAGGCAGGAAUUGCUGAGGACAUUGGUGUUGUUUGUUCAGGAAGCAGGCAGCUCAGAUUGGUAAAUGGGACAGGUCGCUGUGCUGGAAGAGUGGAGAUUUACUACCAGGGCAUCUGGGGGACAGUGUGUGAUGAUUCCUGGGACCAAACAAACUCCAACGUGGUUUGCAAACAACUGGGAUGUGGACACGCCAUCAAGGCAGCUGCUUCUGCUUAUUAUGGGGAAGGCUCAGGACAGAUCUGGCUGGAUGAUGUGAACUGCUCUGGGAAUGAAUCCGAGCUCUGGGAGUGCCCUUCCAGGGGCUGGGGGCAGCACAACUGCAGGCAAAAGGAGGAUGCAGGAGUGCUCUGCUCAGAGUUCAUGGAUCUGAAGCUGGUGAAUGGUGAUGAUUGUGCUGGGUGGCUGGAGAUUUUCUAUAAUGGGACGUGGGGGAGUGUGUGCUCUAAUCAGAUGACUGAAGCCACUGUGGCCAUUAUAUGCAAGCAACUGGGCUGUGGGAAUGGAGGACAAUUUGCAGGAGACUUUGCAUAUGGACACGGUUCUGGCCCCUUGUGGCUGGACCUCAUUCAGUGCCAUGAACAUCACAGCUCCCUGUGGGAGUGUUCAUCAAAGCCUUGGGACCCUCACUCAUGCAAUUCCCGGGGAGAAGAGACGCACAUUACUUGUACUGGAAAAAAAGAGAAAACAACACAGUUUGCUGAGUGUCCAAACAUCACAAAAUGCACAGACAAAGAGAAGCUCCGCGUUGUGGGAAGAGAGGACAGAUGCUCGGGGAGAGUGGAGGUUUGGCACUGUAGCUCCUGGGGAACAGUGUGUGAUGAUUUAUGGGACAUGGCAGAUGCUGAUGUUGUGUGCAAACAACUGGGCUGUGGAGCUGCUGUGUCUGCCCUGGGUGAGGCUGCAUUUGGGGAGGGGACUGGCCCCAUCUGGCUGGAGAAGGUGAAUUGCAAAGGAACAGAGUCAUCUCUGUGGGACUGUUGUGCUGAGCCCUGAGGAGACAGUAGAUGCCAUCACAAAGAAGAUGCUGCUGUGAUCUGCACCGAUUCUGGAACAUACUCAGGAUCCAUAACUGAAGCUGUGUAUGAAGAGAUUGAUUAUAAGAAGAAGAAAGACAAGCUUGAGAUGUACAGUCACUCAGUCCCCUAUUCAGAGGACUCCAUGAUGGAGCUGCAGCAUUACACUGAGAACAGUGAGGAAGAGAAUGGCCCUGGAUCAGCACAAGAGGAAACAUAUCCUGGGGAUUACCAGCUGGAUUAUGAUAUCGUGGAGGAACCCGACUUAAGUGAUGUCCCUGUGCCUCCAGACAGUCAAGGACUUAGGCCAGAAUACAAAGAUAUGGUGUGGUAUGGUGUGAAGCCCCUGCCCUGGCUGAAGGUGUCACAGAAGGUGGUUAUGAUGAUGCCGGAGAAGUUCCUGAUCUUGCAUGUGAUCCUGUUUUUGGGCAGCAAUACCAGGGAAUCCUUGGUGUCCCAGCAGAACGAGACAUGA